AUGCGACUGACAUUGCAGCGAUACGCCAUUAAUCUACUGUACAAGCCAGGAAAAGAGCUGUUUUUGGCUGAUGCGCUCUCUCGUUUUCCAAGCAAGGCGUUAUUGACGGAAGAAACCGAGCGCUUCAAUGUUAACGUCAUUGCCCUUGUUCCAGCUUCUGAGCGUCGCCUCGAGGAACUACGUGUGGCAACCGCCAAGGAUCCUGCUCUGUCGACCAUCCGAUCCUAUGCAGAGACUGACUGGCCGGAAAACAAAGAGGACGUCCCAGCAUGUGCCAGGCCAUUUUGGGCGUAUCGAGAAGAGAUGCAUACACAAGAUGGCCUCGUCUUUCGCAGCAGCAAGGUAACCAUACCAAGCACUAAGAGAGCUGAAAUCCUUCGGCUUCUUCAUCUGGCCCACUCGGGGGCGGAAAAGAUGAAAAUUCGGGCUAGGAGUGUCAUGUUUUGGCCAUCCAUGUCGAGUGACAUUGACCAGGUUGCAGCAUCAUGCAAAGUUUGCCAGGCUCACCAAAAGCAAAACACUAAGAUGCCUCUACUGUCGCAUGAUGUCCCCAGUCUGCCAUGGGAAAUGGUUGGCAUGGACUUAUUCCAUCACGGUGGUAAAGAGUUUGCCUUAAUUGUAGACUUCUACUCCUUUUAUUUUGAAAUAAAGGAGUUUCGAUACACAACAGCCCGGCACUUGAAGGAGUGGUGCGCGAAAGUUUUCUCUGUCCACGGCUUACCAGUGAAGCUCUGUAGUGACAACGGGCCCCCUUUUAGUAGCCAAGAGUUCCGUGAAUUUCUGCAUGAACUAGGAGUCACCCACGUGACGUCAAGCCCUUAUCGCCCUCGCGCAAAUGGCAUGGCUGAAAGGGCAGUUCAAGAAGCGAAAACGCUGCUGAAGAAGUGCUCGUAUAACAGCCCAGACUUCCAUUUAGCUCUGCUUGAGUUGCGCAAUACUCCACGUGAUGCUAUUCUGAUGUCACCUGUGCAGAGGCUGAUGGGUCGACAAACGAGAACACUGCUCCCGGUUCCAUCCUGCCACCUGAAGCCGGCACCAUUGCCCAAUAGGAAGGUGCACUCCCGUCUCCAGGAGAUUCGCCACAAGCAGAAGGUCUACUACAAUCGAGGUGCUCGGGACCUGCGCGCCCUCUCACCGGGUCAGAGGGCCUCGUUGUACGACACGCACACACGGACGUGGUCCCCGGUCGUUGUGCUGGGAUCAGCGGGAGCUCCACGCUCCGUACUGGUAAAAACAGAAGAUGGCCGAGAAAUGCGACGCACACGGGAACAUCUCCGGGAGGUUCCAGAGCUACCAUGCCCCGACACUACCACAACACCUUCCUCAGGCUUGCCAGGCUCGGGUCCCGUUCCAGAGCCGCCACUACCACGGAGAAGCACUCGGGAACGUCGCGAGCCUCGUCGGUACCCCAUGCCAGAGCGACCUAUAUUGCCCCAAGGAAAGGAAGAUGUAACCCCAUUGGCACGGCCGCGAUAG